ACAUAAAUACACAAAAACAGCGCAAUUUUCACUUUAAAAAUAUAUAUUUGAUAUAUUUAUGUCGUACACGUCUAUCAAGCGAUAAAACUAUUCAUAGCGUCGUAAGUGAAAUGACCAAAUAAAACAUCGAUAAGAAAUUAUCUAGCGACGAUAAGUGUUCAUAGUUAUCGCUCAGUACCUGGGCUAGACACGCGGCAAAAUGUUCGUGUACUUAUUAAUACUCGGUCUAAUAAUACAAAUAAACUGUGCGACCAUCUGUGAUAGUGAUGUCUGUCUGUGUAAACGAUACAACAGUGACAAAGAACAGGAACUGGAAGGUGUACAAGUAGUGUGUUCGCAUAAACAAGUUAAUGUGCUACAAAACAACUAUACGCUGCCCGAUCUAGUGCACUCGCUGGAUUUGUCAUUCAUCAACAUUUCCACUGUCCAUUCGUCACCUCUACUAACGUCCAACGCGCUAGUAGAAUUAAUACUAAACGACAAUGUAAUCACACAAAUCGAUGUCAACAGUUUCCAGCUACCAGAACUCAAAAGAUUAGAUCUAAGUAACAAUCAACUAGAGUUUAUAGAUAAAGACACCUUCAAAGGAGUAAAAAAACUAGAAUAUUUAAAUCUUGCCAACAACAGAUUCACUACAUUCACAAAACUAAUGUUCCAUCGGUUGAGCAACCUCAAUGAAAUCAUUUUAGACAAUAACAACUUGGGACCCGUACUAAACAACUCGAAUUUAUUCGACAGAAGUGGUUUCGGACUGACAAACAAGAUCAAAUCAUUGAGUAUAAGUGGAAUCCAUCUGAACCAAGUACCGGACAACUUCUUCGUCGAUGCUUACGAUAUGCGGGAACUGAUAAUAUCGAACAACAACAUCAGUCAAAUGUUUGAGAUCCCGAUGACGUUGGAAUACUUGGAUCUGUCGGACAAUCCGAUCACGGGCAUAUUUAGCGAAGACUUUGCUAACUUAGUGGCAUUGAAGGUGUUAAAACUGAACAAUUUGCAGAUACAAACAAUUCCUGAGUCUGCAUUCCAAUAUCUACCUGCUUUAAAAACCCUCGAACUCGAAAGAAACAGGAAUCUUACCACAUUCAGCAAGCUGGCUUUUGGGCGGGAAGUUUUAGUAGAUGCUGACAAUUUUGGCUUAGAAAGAUUGUCACUAAAAGGAUCGAGAGUGUCCCAAUUAGAUGACGCCUUGUUGACGCCGUUCGGAAUGCUGACUGAAUUAGAUUUACAGGGUAACCCCUGGAAAUGUGACUGUCAGAUCGUCUGGGUGAAACAGCUACAAAUACCAGAGGAAUUAAACGACCAUUUGAGAUGCGCUACCCCGCGGAACUUAUUCAAUGCACGAAUUUUCGACUUGAAACCAAAAUACUUCCUUUGUAACGAGAAACACGCUGGAUUCAUCAUUGCGGUGGUGUCAGCGUGUGCGACUUUAGGCCUUAUAGCCUUGUGGAUAUUUAUCUGUUUGCCUAAACGACAGUCUAGGUGCCAUUUUAUACAAAAUAUGUCUUCAUCGACCGCAGCAUAUAGCGUUCUACCUAUGGCUUCUAGUUAUAACAAUAAUGAUUUUAAUAGGUAAGCAUUAUGUAUGCUUCAUUAAUUUUAGUCCCAAGUUAUAAAAAGAAGUAUUGUCCAAAUACUCAAACGCUACUCAAUUUUAAGUUGCGCUCUAUCACUACAAAUUCUUUGUAAAAUGACAGAGAUGGCACGAUAUUUUAACUACCCACAACUUAAAAUUAGUAGCCUUUCAGUAUUCGGCCGUAAGUUUGCUUGUUACCUCUUAACGGUUUAUCUACUCAACUGAUGUUUUUGUUGCUUAAAUAUUGUUGGGAGUAUAGAAAACAACAGGCUAAGCCGUGGGUAAAAGCUAGUAUUUUUAUAAAAAGCUAAUUGUCGUUAUAGCAUUUAAGGAAGUGUGUAAGCACAGAUAUUUUAUCAUGAACAAAAUUAAAAAUACCUAGCGUGUGUUCGAGUUACCAAAUUAAUGUGAUCGUUUUAGCAUAAGAUGAAUAGAAAUUAAUAAUAUAUUCUUGUUAUUAUUUUAUAA